UCGCAAUGCGCCUGCUCGGUGUAGUAGCCGGUUAUGGCGGCCGUGCGUGUUUGUCCAUGAGGUGGGGGACGCCUGCGGUCUGUGACACAGCAACCCGAGAAACUCGCUGCCAUGGCCGGAGUGUUUGACAUUGAUCUGGACCAGCCGGAGGAAAAUGUCUCCGACGACGAGAACGAUGAGACUCAAAACAUUGACAUCAUGGAUCAGUGCAGUGGGUUUGAGUUCAAUAUGGACGACUGUGAGAAGAUCGAGAUCUCCGAGGACAACGUCAAUCAGGGGACGGAGAACAUCAGACCAGAGUGCUUUGAGCUGCUGCGGGUGCUCGGGAAAGGCGGCUAUGGAAAGGUUUUCCAAGUUCGGAAAGUUGUCGGAGCUGCAGCCGGCAAAAUAUUUGCCAUGAAAGUUUUAAAAAAGGCUAUGAUUGUUCGUAACGCUAAGGACACGGCUCAUACCAAGGCAGAGAGGAACAUUCUGGAGGAAGUGAAGCAUCCCUUCAUCGUUGAUCUCAUCUACGCCUUCCAGACGGGAGGGAAGCUCUAUCUCAUCCUGGAGUACCUCAGUGGAGGAGAGCUCUUCAUGCAGCUGGAGAGAGAGGGCAUCUUCAUGGAAGACACAGCCUGUUUUUACCUCGCAGAGAUCUCCAUGGCUCUGGGUCAUCUGCACCAAAAAGGCAUCAUCUACCGAGACCUGAAGCCUGAGAACAUCAUGCUCAACAGCCAAGGUCACGUAAAACUGACCGACUUCGGUCUUUGUAAAGAAUCCAUUCAUGACGGGACGGUCACUCACACUUUCUGUGGAACCAUCGAAUACAUGGCUCCAGAGAUCUUGAUGAGGAGCGGCCACAACAGAGCGGUGGACUGGUGGAGUCUGGGCGCUCUGAUGUACGACAUGCUCACAGGAGCGCCCCCCUUCACAGGUGAGAACCGGAAAAAGACCAUUGAUAAAAUCCUGAAGUGUAAGCUGAGCCUCCCACCCUACCUCACACAGGAAGCAAGGGAUCUCCUGAAACGGCUGCUGAAGAGAAAUGCUUCGUCACGGCUCGGAGCCGGAGCAGGAGACGCCACAGAUGUGCAGGCUUAUCCUUUCUUUCGACACAUCAAUUGGGAAGAUCUACUGGCCCGGAAAGUGGAGCCUCCCUUCAAACCUGUCCUUCAAUCAGCGGAUGACGUGAGUCAGUUCGACUCGAAGUUCACCAGCCAGACUCCGGUGGACAGCCCUGACGACUCCACCCUCAGCGAGAGCGCAAAUCAGGCCUUCCUGGGCUUUACAUACGUCGCGCCAUCAGUUCUGGAAAACAUCAAGGAGAAGUUUUCCUUCGAGCCAAAGAUCCGCUCCCCUCGGCGCAUCAUGGACAGCCCAAGGACUCUUCUCAGCCCGGGCUGGUCUCGCAGUCCCCUCAUCCCCGGCGUGGGACGGAGUGUCCUCCCCUCUCCUCUGGAGCAGCCCAUGGAUCUGUCCACCGCAGAGCAGAUGGACAUCACUAGUAGCUCUGAGGCCUCGGCCCCCCUCCCCAUCCGACAGCCUGCGGGGGUCAACCUCGCCCAGAUGAAGCAGCAAACCUUCCCUGUCGUGGCCAAACGGCCUGAGCAUCUACGUAUGAACCUAUGACCCCUGACUUUAUUUCUUCUCCCUCUGGUUUGGUGAUAUUUUUUUAAAGGCAAAGAAACAGGAACAUAUGCUAGAGACAAUGAGAAUCCAAACUUCUUGCACAUCUGCACACCACAUGUACUGUCACAACCUGGAGUGUGCUCUUGGGGCUGACACUACGGCAGACUACAGUUCAGUGCUGAAGGUGAUGUCAUCGCCUCGCCACCUCAGGUCUGUCGACCUCCCGCCUCCGGUGAUCAUUUCUCACACUGAGGUAUGAUUGGAACUGAGACGCAGUCAGUCUGCUGGACUUUAAGAUAUCCAAAGUGCUUUGAUCUCUUUUAGUCGACACCAGUAAGCUCUACUGGAUGGAUUACUGACAUGGUUCCUGGUUCUGGAUUAUGAUCUGAAUUGGGAUUAAUAUAAAAAAAAAAAGUGGGUUGUUCCGAU